CCGAAUUGCGUUCAUGUCGGCGGGGCGCCCUGUCGAGGCUGGCUGGGAAGGACACCGUAUUGCUAUGCCUUGGUGAAGGCAAUUCGCAGGGCCAGCAGAGGGCCAGCAGCCUGCCCUGGUGGACGCCAUUGCGGGCCCGCUGUGGGCAGAGGAGUCAAAGUAGGAAGCAAAGAGCCACGUACAGAUCAUAGUUGAAGCAAUCUGCAGCUCCUACUCCAUUGUCAGCGGCCAUCUGGUGGCGCGUCCCUCCGCCGAAGUUUUUGGAGAUCAUUUCCACGUAGUGUGAUCAGUGUGGCUAAUUCUCUCUGAGGACUGGCUGACAGCAUUUGACCAUUGAUGGACGUUGUGACCGACCCUGUGCUCAGCCGGCGGCGCCAGGCCCGCCUUGCCCGGAGGCGUCAGGCAGCAACCUGGGGUUCAUGGCCCGGAGACUCUGGGGAGUAUUGGCUUAUCAAUCCACACACCCAUGGGGCUUCGACAAGGCAAUUCCACAGGAAGAAUAAAGCCAGCAGAGAGGAAGCUCUGGAAAAGGUGCCCAGGAGACAGCGGGACCAGCUGUCUCGCAGCACAUCAGAGCAGGAAUGUUUGGGAGCUGCGGCCAAAGGGGGAGUGUCUGCUGGCAACAGCAAAGAGCCUGAUUUGACAAGACAGCAGCAAGAGUCACACAAUGCUAGCUUGCCAGGAGAGGGGUUGUCCAGUGCUGCCGGUGCAUUUCGGCGCAUCAGCACUCCUCAGGCAGCCGACACCUUGGCACAUAGACUGCUGCGGUGCCUCCUUGUGUGGGGCAGUGUGGUGGCAGUGUUUGCCUUGCUGUGGGCGCAAGGGGGGGCCUACCUGGGCAGGCGGGAGAAGCAGCCCUGGAGCGCACUGGCAGGGGCGGGGGCUGUCCUGGCUGUUCCGUUGAGCUACACGCUGGGAGGUGCCCUGCAUUUCCCCCGCUCCUGGCAUGCGUGGCAGCCCUUCCAGGGGGGGCCCUCCUUUGUCCUCCUGCAGGCCGCCACCUGGUUCUUCUGGGCCUGGGCUUUAGCCCCCUUUGUCAUGCCCCUCGGGGUGGAGCACCCAUCCAAGGCCUGCGGAUCACAGGGCCGCAGCCAGGUGGUGCCUGAUCUGCCCACAGUGCAUCUCGCCUUCAGUGCGCUCGCCUGUGCCCUCGCCCAACUCGCAACCAGCGUGUCCCUGCAUGUCUACGUCCCCCACUCCCCCAUCUGGCCCCCCCAGCUCCGCCGGCGCUGCUACCGCGCCCUCAUGAGCAUCAACAUCAGCCUGGCCACCCUCCUGUGCGCCGUCGCCGCCGUGUGCGACAUAUGGUUCCACGGGCCCCCUCUCUCCCGCCUGCCCUCCUCCAAGCACGUCCUGGUGGCGGUUGCCGGGUUUGCCAGCCUGGCGGUGAUUGGGCCCUCUACAUACGGCCUCGGCGGCUCACUGCGGUACCGCAACACGUGGUCCUUCUGGCAGCCGUUUGUGGGGGGCCUCUCGUUUGUGGUCAUCCAGGCCCUGGCGUGGGCCAUGUUUGCGGCCGCCCUCGCGGCGUUCCUGCUGGCCGCGUACUGUGCGACUGCCCUCACCGGCUCUCGGUUGGGGAACGGCCUGCUGGCGAGUGCAGGGUUCGGGGGCCUGGCGUCCGAGGUGCUCAUGGCGGCUUCGCUCCUGUGCUAUGUCGCUCCGCAGCCGGUCAAAAAGCUCAAGGGAAGCCAGGGGAAGCUCAUGCGGUUAGAUACUGUGAUCGAGCAGGAGGUGUCCGCCGCCGCACCCGUCGCGCAGACACCUGUCACAGUGAACAGUGACAAGACCCUGGGGACGGAGACUGCUGUUUUCAGGCUGUCUGACGGGACGACAAUGGCUGUCGAAGCUCCUUCUGAAGAGCUCACCAGUGCCCUCUGCACGCCCCUCCUUCCCCCUAGCACGGGUCACCUUGAAGCCAUUGCUCUGCCAGCCCAUUGGCUCGCACAGCAGGCACUGAACAAGAGCUCUCCCCCACGGCCGCUCGCCCUGGCUGCGCAGUCCGUGUGGGGUCAGUUCAAAGUGUGGGCCGUGCUGGCGCUGUUCUACUGCAACCACCUCUUCUCGAUUGCGGUCAUCAGCCUGUCGCUGCUCCUGGGCUGGCGGUACCUGGCGGGGCUGGCCAUCGCAGUCCUGCUGUACCUGCCUACUUACCGGGGCAGCCCCCACACGACGGGCCGGCGCACCUGGAACGCUGCAAGAGACAAGCUAGCUGCUGUUCUGGAGGAGGUCGCCAUCCGCCAUUGGGGGGGCCUGCGCCUCGUGCGAACCUCGAAAGUGCCUCUGGACGCAUCCCAGUCGUACGUGUUUGGGUACCACCCGCACGGCCUGUUCCCCGUGACUGCGGCCUGGUUCCAGUACACGUCCGCGUGGCGCCAGCUCUUCCCUGGUAUCCGCCCCGUCAGCCUGGCCGCCACUGCCAUCUUCAUGGCGCCCCUUCUGCGCGAUUUGAUGUUGUGGGCCGGCAAUCGUGAGGUGUCCCGAAGGGGCUUCCAGAACGCUCUCAGCCAAGAGAGGGCGGUCGUCAUCUGCCCGGGCGGCCAGUCGGAGCUGUGCCUGCACCAGCCGCGUUACCGCCGCAAGUUUGUGCUGUGCGCCCGGAAGAAGGGCUUCAUCCGGCUGGCCAUGCAGAACGGCGCCGCGCUAGUCCCCGUCUUCUGCUUCGGGGAGAGCUUCAACAUGCACAACCUCUUCGACUGGCCCGCCAUCCAGCGAUGGACGUACCGGAAGCUCGGCUUCCCCGUGCCCUUCCUCCCCGUCGGCCUGUGGGGCGUUCUGCCCGUGCCCGAGAAGGACGCCGUGUCCAUCGUCGUGGGAGAGCCCAUCCCCACGCGACCACCUCAGGCGGAGGCCGCGCUAGCACAGGACGGCUGGGCCAACCCGACCGAAGAAGACGUGGAAGCCAUGAGGGUCCGCUACUUCCAGGCGGUCGCCGAUCUCUUCCAUGCGCACAAGGCGAAGCACGGGUAUGCUGAUUUCCAGCUCGAGCUUCGGCAAAACUGACGUAGACAAGAGUUGUGUGUCUCACCGGCCAUGUCAUGCAGACAGUGGCGCACGGUAUUGAGUUCAUGUGUUGACCAACAGCUCUCAUCAUGAGAGAAUUCAUAGAUAAACGACAUUCUUACUGCGGCGCUUCAAUGGAUCAAAUAAAGCUGGUGUGGACUGGAUACACAACCGCACUUCAGUCGAGUAGAUCGAGGUCCAUUCUAGCUCGCUAAAAUGCCUUCUUGUGUCAUACGCGCCUGGUCGUAUUGAUACUGUACCUCUACGGAAAGAGAUUCGAAGAACGAAGUUUUGAAGAUAGUACAGAAUAGGAGCGGUAGUGAUCUACCCUGAAUCAACUGCCAUUGCAGAUUGAUCCCAUACUUAAAUGUUUCACCAUCGCGUUUGCAGAGCUGCUUGAAAUUUGAAUAUGCAAGCUUGAUCAGCAGCC